AUGAUGGAGUUACUCAUCCAAUAUCUUCUGCCAUUAGUCUUGUUUCCGUUAUCAUUUUUAGCCAUAUUUUUCUUCAACAAGAACCGGAGUGAUUCCAAAAGCUCGAAAAAUCUUCCACCGGGAACAACCGGAUGGCCAAUGCUCGGAGAAAACAUCAACUUUGCAUUAGAAGGGUCGGAGAAAUUCGUCCGCGAUCGGAUGAAGAAAUACUCUCCUGAUGUGUUCCAAACCUCUUUGAUGGGAGAAAAGAUGGCCAUCUUUUGUGGUCCUCAAGGCAACAAAUUUCUCUUCACAAACGAGAACAAACUUCUCACUUCAUGGUGGCCUCAAUCCAUGAAAAAAGCUUUGCUUUUCCCCGAAUUCGUCGAAGAGUCGUUGAAGGAAGUAUCCGCUUUGAAACGCAGUUUUAUGCACGAAAUCCUCAGGCCCGAAGCCCUGAAGCAGUACAUUCCCGUGAUGGAUUCUUUGGCUCGUCAGCAUAUCGAACAAGAAUGGACUCCAAAUAAUGAAGUGAAAGUUUUUCCGCUGUCCAAAAAAUACACCUUUGACUUGGCUUGCAAAUUGUUCAUGAGCAUUGAAGAUCCAGCCCACAUCAAGAGAUUGGCUGAUCCCUUCCAUCUUGUCACUAACGGGAUGUUUUCGGUGCCGAUUGAUCUGCCCGGAACUGCUUACAACGGCGCAAUUAAAGGCGGAAAAAUGGUGCGCGCCGAGCUUUUGAAGAUUAUCAGGGAUAGAAGAAAGGAGAUGUCCGAGAAGCAAGAAACGGAAGGACGGGAUCUCUUGUCGAAAAUGCUUCUCGUCAAAGAUGAAGAAGGGAAAUUUAUGAGUGAAAUGGAGAUUUCCAACAACAUUAUAGGUUUACUUGUGGCCAGUUACGAGACUACUAGCAGUGCCGUCACCUUUGUCUUGAAACACCUUGCAGAACUUCCUCAUAUCUACGAUCAAGUCUACAAAGAACAAAUGGCAAUCGCAAAGUCAAAAGGUCCGGAUGAGCUAUUGAAAUGGGAGGAUAUUGAGAAAAUGAAGUAUUCAUGGAAUGUGGCACGCGAAUCGAUACGAGUAACACCACCUGCUCAAGGUGCAUUCAGAGAAACAGUAACCGACUUCACCUUCGCAGGUUUCACAAUUCCAAAAGGAUGGAAGACGUUUUGGAAUGUGUACACGACACACAAGAAUCCCAAGUACUUCCCGGAGCCGGAGAAGUUUGAUCCGUCGAGAUUCGAAGGAAGCGGACCGAUGCCAUACACAUUUGUGCCAUUUGGAGGAGGACCACGAAUGUGCCCUGGAAAAGAAUACGCUCGUUUAGAAGUAUUGGUGUUCAUGUACAAUGUGGUGAAAAGGUUCAAGAUGGAAAAGGUGCAUCCUAAUGAGAAGAUAGCUUUCCAUGCUUCUCCUACCCCCAUGAAAGGACUCCCUGUUCGUCUCCACCCUCAUUAG